AAAAUUAAGCUGGAGAGAAGAGGCGUGAAGUACGUGCCCGAACCAAAUGGCCAAUUUGUCCAAGUAAUCUAACCUUCCUUCCACUUUUGGGCAACACAUACAGCCCAAAACCAAAAACAAUCUCCACCAUUUCCAAACACACCAAAACCCAAAACCCUCAAAAAAAACCCCUCAAACUCACGCUCACACAAACACACACUUUCUCUCUCCUCAAAAAAAUGCUUCUCCACCGCCCACUCCUCGGCAAAACCCACCUCCUCCUCAACCUCCACCACCAUCUCCGCCACUUCAGCCACUUUUCCGCCGCCUUGGUCCUCCCUUACGACCCGGAAACCACCCUCUCUUACUUUCCCGGGUUCCCCAAACCCGACCCGUCUGAGACCAUCAUCGGCAUCCCAAGGUCCGAAUCCGGGAAGAAAAUCUGUGCCCAUGAAAGGAAAUCGGGUCGGAUUCCAAGUAUUUUGUUUGAGCAGAAAGAUGGGCAACAUGGUGGUAAUAAGAGGUUGAUUUCUGUUCAAACUAAACAGAUCAAAAAACUUGUUACUCAAAUGGGUCGAUCUUUCUUUUUGUCUAGACUUUUUGAUCUUCAAGUUAAGCCUGAUUUUGAUUCUGAUGAUGUUGUUGAGCAUGUUCGUGUUCUUCCCAGGAAGCUCCACAUGCAUGCAGCCACUGAAGCUAUUCUUAAUGUUACUUUUAUUAGAGCUCCUCCUGAUGCCUUACUAAAGGUUGAGGUUCCCCUUGUAUUUAGAGGAGAAGAUGUAUCGCCUGGAUUAAGAAAAGGGUCAUAUCUGAAUAUCAUUAAAAAGAGUGUUAAAUAUCUUUGUCCUGCCGACAUAAUUCCUCCGUAUAUUGAUGUGGAUUUAAGUGAGAUGGAUGCUGGUGAAAAGAUGGUAAUGGGGGACCUUAAUGUUCAUCCAGCACUUAAGCUGCUUCAGUCAAAAGAUGAGCCAAUUGUUAAGAUAAUGGGUGCUAGAGUUUCUGAACUAAAGAAAGCCGCCAAGUAGAAAUUGAUGCGUGUUAUCAAAUACAAGAAACGUGAAGCUUCAAGAUGUGAUUUUUUGCAUCAGUAUUGGUUUAUGUGGUGGAACACUGGAAACCAUAACCUAUGAUCUUGGUAAGGAUUUUUUUGUCCCACAUCAUGCCUAUAUGACCCUUAACAAUGGCAUAUGGUGGUUUUUAUUUCCUCAAAUUGGGGCACAUAGGAUGAUAGAAGGUUUGAGUUGUAAUAGACUUUUCACUUUGGUCAGUUUUUAGGCACAAAUCAUGGCAAUUUCUCAGAUUUUGGUCGAGUUAGGAUUCCUGCUUGAAGAUUAUCUUUCAUAUGUACAAUUAUAUCUGAAUAAUAUUAUGCAUGGUUUCUGUAAUAUCUGAAUCUAAUAUGCAUAAUAAAUCUCUGUAAAAAAAAAAAAAAAAAAAAAAAAAAAAGCUUGGAUUGAUGAAUUAUCAACUAACCUAUGAAAUUUUCAGGCCAAUAUUGGCUUUUCAUCU